CGCUGCUGCGGGCGGAACGGGAGCGGCGGCGGCGGCGCCAUGGCCGGGCCGCUGGGACAGGGCUGGGGGCUGGGGAUCGCCAUGCGGAGCCGCGCCGCGCUGCGCCCGCUCGGGCUGCUGGCCCCGCCGUGCCGGGGGACGACGGCCCCGCAAUGCCGGAGGGUGACGGGAUCGGGGGAGGAGGUGCUGGAGGAGAAUCCCUUCUACGGGAAAUACCGGCAUAAGAUCCAGGAGCUGCGCAGGUCCAAUCCGGAUGUGUUUGAAUCCCGGAUGGAAAAAAGAAACGAAGUGAAAAAGCAGCCCGUGGGGUGGUCGAAGCAAUCAGAGUUUGUCAGACGCAUGGAAGAAAAGGCAGAAGGCCUGAGCACAGGGCCGUCAAAGGGAGGAUUCACACGAGAUAAGACACUUGAUUCAAUUCUUAACCUUGAGAUGGUGAAAGAGAAAUCAGCAGAGGAAAUAAAGCAGAUUUGGAAUCAGUACUUCUCUGCAAAAGAUACGGUUUAUGCUGUUAUUCCUGCAGAGAAGUUUGAUUUAAUAUGGAAGAGAGCCCAGAAGUGUCCAUCGGUACGUCUGGCAGAGAUCCACAGUGUGUUUCUGUAUGCUUUGCCAAGAAAAGAAGGCUAUGAGUUCUUUGUGGGGCAGUGGUCAGGAACAGAACUUCACUUUACUUCUCUAAUAAACAUUCAGACCCAAGGUGAAGCUGCUCCUAGCCAGUUGGUCUUGUACCAUUAUCCUGAGUUGCAGGAGGAGAAAGGAAUAGUACUAAUGACUGCAGAAAUGGACUCCAAGUUCUUGGCGGUCCACGAAGCACAGUGCUUGGCGAAUCAGGUGCAGCUCUUCUACGCAACGGAUUGUUCUGAGACCUAUGAAUUAGUGGAGACCUUCAACCACAGAUCCAGCGAAUUUAAAUACAUGUCAGUUAUAGCAAAGCUUGAGCACAGCGGCCUUGGAAAGGCACUGAGACCUAAUCAGGUUUCUGACGACUCAUAGAGCCUGACCUGCGAGUGAAGGAGCCAGCAGCAGGCGGGGGGCUCUCGUCUGGGGUGCUUCCCAUCUCUUGUUUUGUGAACUUGAGUUGGCUACAAAAGGGAUCUGGAAACAUGCUGGGAUUGUGGUCAUCAAGUGGGUCUGGCACUGAUGCAAGAUGAGGACUCGGGUCAUUUGGGCAGUGGUAACUAAUUGCUGGACUGAAGCACUGCGCUUUGGCAUAACUUUGUCAGAAUGAGCCAUUCUCUCAUCUCUGAUUUAUGCUGCAUGCUGUAUUUUAUUUUGAAAUCUGAAAUGUCAGAAGGGCAGCUAUGUAAUGAAGUGUGUAGACAUCAAGAGGGAGAGCAAACAAUGUUUCUUCUCUGUAAAUGCAUUUAAAAUGCCCUCUGCCAUUAUAAUUGCAUGGUCUAGUGCUUUUCAUCUGUGAGGAAUUUAUACAGACUUGUCUAUCAAGAAAAAAGAAUAGGUCUGAUGGUCUAAAACAGACUCCUCAUUGUUACUUUGUGUGUGAGGUUCCUUGUGCAGAUGUGUAGCAAGGCCCGUGCCUUUUUCAGGGCUGAAGAACAAAGUGCUUGGAUUUGUUCUGGGAGUGUUUUGCUUCUUAAUUGAUAUAUUCAUUUCAUCUUGUUGGGUUUCUUAGAGACGUUUUGCUUGAGGAACAGGAAAACUUGUUUUUAUUUCUGCAUGUUUUUGAGUAGUGAGGAGGAAUUACCACAUGCUUUUUGGAGUGAUUUUUCUCAGGCUGGCACCUACACAGCCAACUGUACACAUGGUAUUUAAAGAGACAAAAAAGAAAAUAGCUCCUGUCCCCAUAUCAGGAAAGCUGCUAUCUAUGAUGAAAUGGCAUAAUAAGAGAGCCACCACCCAGUUGCUAAAUGACAACUGGUGUGAAUAUGUGCAGCUGCUUUAACACAGCAAUGUUUGUAGGAACCUGGCUUCACGGGCUGCAGCAGGGUAGGUUUUUUUAAACCUGCUUUCAACAGAAAGAUCCCAAAGCAUUUGUGCUUUCAGCUUCUCUUGCUUUCGUCCCCAGCAGAGGCAGCCAGUGCAUCCUCCUUUGCCAAGGAAGCAGAGGCAUGAAGGAUGAGCCGCUUGUCUGUCUGUCAGAAGAAGAGCAACUUUUGGGGCUGUCCUUAACUGUGAGCCAAUACAGGUUUGAUGAGUUACACAAUGUGUUUGCUAGUGUAGCUACUUGUCACGCCAUGUGUUCUCAGCCCAUUCUUUGGAUGAGAGCAAUGCUCAGCUGAGUGCUGAAGGUAGGUAGUGAGAUUUCAUCAUUGAGGUCAGUUCUGGCAGUGAUCUGUACGCGUUAAUGUGAACUGUUGUCCAUUCAGGGAAAUAAAAGAUGCUUCUAGAAGAGGUAAAACUUCACCCCAGGCUGUGCUGUGAGUAGGGGGUGCUGCUCCCUACUAUUGCACUCUUUUUGUUUCUGCUCAGGUUGGAUCUGUGAGUGUCUGCAUAGCAUGGAAAAUGUGGAUGGGGCUGUUAUAACCUGAACAGCACUUAAGAGCAUUUCUACUUCUGUUUUACAGCAUUCAUGCUCCAUUUAUCGUUUUCUCUUAGCUGAAAUAUGGGCAAUGUUGAUUCAUUAUUCACUUCCUGCUUUGAAGAAGUCAAAGAUGCUGGAUUCAUUUUUAAUAUAGGUGUAAUCUAAAAUCCCUAGAUGAGUAAUUGGCAACAGGAGUGAAAUUCUAGGAUUUCAGAUCUACACCCAAGCUGCCUGUGAGCUCAAAGACCAGUCUCUAGAAUGAGGCUGGAAGCAGUCACUACCUUUGAGGGUUUUUUUCUGAGUUAUUAGUCACCAGCUCAGUACUUCUCUGAGGACUUAAGGCAAUCAUGGCAAAAUAC